CUUCUUUACAUUUCUUCCCGCUGCAGCCACCCGAAGAGAAAAAAAAAAAAAGGAAACCCAGCCAUGCUUUGAGAAACUUGUGAGAUAAGCUUGGUUUUCUCCUUCCUUUCUUGCUCUAGAACCCAAAUAGAACCCAGAAAUUUCCCCUCCCUCUGCUGGAAAACCGGAUCUACUAUGCUCUGCUCCUCACCGCCGGCUGCUCCUACUUUGUGGGGGCAAAUUGCUUUGAUUUUCGGAUUGCGUGAUUCUUCCCUGCAAUUGCCGCCGGCUCCCUCACCAGCCAAGCCCGGUUUCUGCAGCUGGAUUUUCUGGUAUGUGGCAGCCUUAAACCAUUGUUUUUAAGCUUGAUUAAUUUGCUGCCCUGCUUGUCCGAAUUUGUCUGAAAAUUGGGGAGGAAUUCCAGUAGCCUUUGAACAUGUUUUAAGCUUGGUUUAAGUGUAAAUUAGCUUGAUUAAUUGCUGUGAUUUUUGGAGAAAAUCCCGUGAGAUUAGCUAGUGUUUUGGCCAAUUUGUGGGAGUGGAGUUACUGUUCACGUCGGGGUCACUGUUCACCGUCACUGUUCAUACCCCGAGGGCCAACAAUUAACGGGGAUUUAAAUGAUUAGUUUGUGAUAUAAGAACGAAUUUGGAGAUGUCCGGUUAUGUGGAAAUUGAUAAGAAUAGUAUCGUGAUUAAGGAUAGUCUUAAUGAUGAUUUCAGUGUGAAUUUGUGAUAGUACGGUAUUGAUUCUCGGAUAUUUUAAUUAGGUUUUGAUCGUUUUGUCAGUUAGCAUUGAGAUUGAAUCUUCAAUUUAUGCGAGUAAGGUAAGUAAAUUUAUGGUAAUGCCCGUAUUGUUUUUAAAAGCAUGUUUUGAUUUGUUUUUGUAGUGGUGGCGGGACUAAACCCGUUUUACACGAGCAUGACUGAUUUGAAGUGAAAUGUUUAUGUUUUUCAUUAAAUUGAGCAUGCCUACUGGAAAGUGAUUGUGAAUUGUCCUGAUGAUUUGAAAGUGAUAGUGAAUUAUGAUUUU